UUCUCGUGGUUUACGGAAAAGUAGGCCUAAAAUGUUAUAGUGUCUAAAAACAAUAUUCAGUUAAUGGAAUUACACUUUUUUCCAUUACUGCUUGCUUGAUAUUGCCCUAACAACUUUUUCAUGAAUCAAUUUUGAGCAUUAUGUUUACAACGUAGUUAUUAUAGCACGAAAUAUGAGUCUAAAAUGCCAAAUACUUGCAACUAUUAUGUUAAUCACUGAAAUCUUAGUGUACUAAUUGCUCGCUAUAAGCUAGGUUAUUGCGCCCCUAAACCAACGUACUGACAACGCUGCCUCCCCGGAACUCAAACUUUGACCCGUUCCGACAUUUCAGCUGAACAUCAUGGCUGCUAGGAAAAGUUUACUCCUCACAAGGAAAUCUUUGCUGUUGAAAUGGUUCACCAUUCCAAGACCAGUAUACCCCAUGUUAUUGUUAGUGAGGCCAUUUGCUACACUUGGCCCUGAAAGAAGCCCAGCGUCCACUCCAUCACUGAAUUCCAUUGGCAGAGUUCACUCCACCGCCUCAUAUUGCACUGGAUCAGCUGAAACCUGGGCACAAUAUGGCAUUAAGUUGGCAUGUGAAAGUGAUGGCAAAUACAUGGAAAUUACAUUUGUUGAUGGCUACUCAACGAGGUUCAACUCUACUUGGUUGAGAUACCAUUGUCACUGUGACCAUUGCAAACAGGCACAUAGUGGCCAGAGGUUGAUUGACCCCUCAAGCGUGCCAAAUAAAUUGACGGUCAAGCAUGUGCAACUGAAUGGAGACAAAUCUCUUGUGAUAGAAUUCAAUGAGCAUGACCACAAAACCAUCAUUCCUGUUGACUUCCUGCGAGAAAAUGACUAUUCACCUGCAGCAAGAGCAGAACGAUCGAGGCUACGGGACCCAGUUCAUCUUACUGGUGCUGAUAAACUGCCCAUUAUUGACUUCAAAGACAUGAACACUAAUGAGGGCUUAUUGAGUUGGCUGGUUGCAGUCAAUGAUUAUGGUGCUGCAAUAAUCAAAAAUACUCCAACGAGAGAAGACUUCCUGGGAGAGUUGCUAGAUGUCGAACGAAAAGGCUUCAAAGUCCACCCAACUAUUGGUCCAGUGAUGCCGACCAUAUAUGGCAAUUUUUUUGUAGUGGAAGGUGCUGAUAAACCUGUGAAUAUUGCCUACACCGAUGUAUACCUGGACCUGCACAUGGAUCUUAUAUAUUAUGAGUCAGCCCCAGGAAUACAGUUUUUGCAUUGUGUAAGAUUUGAUGAUGUCGUCCAAGGUGGAGAAUCAUUGCUGUUGGAUAGUUUCCUCGUUGCUGAGCAGAUGAGGGAGAAAUUCUCUGCCCAAUUUGAUGCGUUAAGAAGAAUACCCGCUUCAUUUCAGAAGGUCCAUUAUGAAAGAGACUCUCCUGUGUCGAUGAAAUAUCAAAAGCCUGUGAUAGUGUGCAAUCCUGAGGGAAAGCUGACAGCCGUCAAUUGGGCACCAGCAUUUGAGAGUCCUCUCAGCAUUGCAGAGGAAGACAUUCCUCCCUUCUAUGAAGCCUACAAAACCUAUGCUACUCUGCUUAAGGAAAGCCCACAUCUGAUUAAGUUCCGCCUCGUCCCGGGUGAUGUGAUGACUUUCAACAACCGCCGGGUGCUACAUGGCAGAAGCAGCUUCGCACUAAAUGGUGGUCGCAGGAAACUAAUGGGCUGCUAUAUGAAUAUUGAUGAAUUCAAAAGUCAGGUUGAGGUUUGUGCUCAGCUGUGCGGCAAGCCAACAACAGCAAAACGGGUUGGAAACCACGACUUCUUCUAAAGGAAAACCAACCUCAGUUCUAGAUCAGUAUCAUCUAAUCUACAUUUGACGCCUAUAAAGUAUACAUGUAAUUAGCUCUUCAAGCACUGUGAUAUUUAGCCUGAAUCCAUGAUAUUGUCGUACGUGUAAAAUAUAUAUUGUAAAAUAUAUUAUAUAAUUUUGGUGCUUUUUGUCUCGAUAUCGAUACUCUGUGGUGGUGUAUAAGUAAAGUAUUCUUUAGCUGCCGGACCAGAUUUUUCAUGAAAUUAUCGCCCGCUAAAGCUUAUUGUAUUGUUAUAUAACACAAAAUAAAAAUGUCCAUGCUUCUGAA